CCCAGUCCAGCUCAGCCCAGCCCAGCCCAGCCAUGGAGGAGACUCUGACCUGCAGUCCUGCCACCUUCUCCCAGGUCUUCGGCCGGCAGGGGCAGCUCAUGAAAGCCACAGUGCAGUCCCUGAACAGCCUGAACGACCAGAUCGCCCACUUCAUGGUGAACCGGCCCAAGGCCCUGAGCGACGAUGACGAUGGCUUCCUGCCCAGCGAGAAGGAGACGCUGAAGAAGUCCAUGACUCUGAUGAGACACCUGCUGAUGGACGCCCAGGCCAAAAUCCUUAAAAUGAUGGAUGACAACAAGCAGCUGGCCCACCGGAUCGAUGGGGCCAUCCAGUCUGCCAGCCAGGAGGUGACCAACCUGCGCUCUGAGCUCUCCGCCACCAGCCGCAGACUGGCCGAGCUGGGGGCCAGCGAGUCGCCCAUGGUGGAGAACAACCAACACAACAACCACGAUCCCGCUGUCCACCAGAGGCAGAAGCCAGUGACAGACAUUUGCUUCAAGACUGACAUUUCAAGCCUGAUGGACUUCAGCACACCCGACUCCUCUUUAGACAAAGUGCUGCUGAGGGAGGAGGUGGCUCAGCUCCAGGAGGAGGUGCACCUCCUGCGGCAGAUGAAGGACAUGUUGACUAAGGACCUGGAGGACUCCCACGGCGGCUGUUCGGCCGAGGUGCUCUCCGCCACCGAGCUGAAGGUGCAGCUGGCCCAGAAAGAGCAGGAGCUGGACCGGGCCAAGGAGGCCUUACAGGCGAUGAAGGCGGACAGGAAGCGCUUGAAGGCGGAGAAGGCGGACCUGGUCAACCAGAUGCAGCAGCUCUACGCCACGCUGGAGAGCCGCGAGGAGCAGCUGAGGGACUUCAUCCGCAACUACGAGCAGCACAGAAAAGAGAGUGAGGACGCGGUGAAGGUGCUGGCGAAGGAGAAGGACCAGCUGGAGCGGGAGAAGUGGGACCUCCGCAGACAGACCAAAGAGGCCACGGAGCACGCCGGCGCCCUGCGCUCUCAGCUUGACCUGAAGGACAACAGGAUCAAAGAGCUGGAGGCGGAGCUGGCCAUGAUUAGUAACUGUCUGGGAGAGAAAAUGGAGUUUCGGGUGUUCGAUCGCCCAGCGGAGAAGGAGACCCCGCCCAGGGCAAUGGCGGCGAAGCAGUCACUGGCGACCCUGACCAAGGAUGUUCCGAAGCGGCACUCAUUGGCUAUGCCCACGGAGGCCGUAGUCAACGGCAACCAGGAGUGGGUGAAGCAGAACGACCUGCCCCUCACCGCCGCCAUACGCCAGAGCCAGCAGACACUGUACCACGGACACACACCGCACCCCGCGGACCGCCAAGCCGCGGUGCGGGUCAGCCCCUGUCACUCCCGCCAGCCCUCCAUCAUCUCCGACGCCUCGGCGGUGGAGGGCGACCGCUCGUCCACGCCCAGCGACAUAAACUCCCCCCGCCACCGGACACACUCCCUCUGCAAUUCGCUGGAGGAUUUGGAAGACCAGAAGCGUAAGAAGAAGAAAGAGAAGAUGGGCCUGGGUUCUCUAUCGCGAGUCUUCGCUCGAGGCAAGCAGCGCAAGUCUUUGGAUCCGGGCCUGUUCGAUGGUACUUCUACUCCCGAUUAUUAUAUAGAGGAGGACGCUGACUGGUGA